AUGUUAUCGAAACGACUAUUUCCUUAUUCCAAUUUGUUCCCACGUCUGAGAAAAUAUAAAUUUAUUGUAUAUUUUAUAAUAUGUUUGACAAUAAUAAUUCUGGCAUUAGGAGUAUAUUUGUAUAGUAUACCAAUAGUUUCACCAAAUCAACCUCAAUGUGAUAUGGUUUGGAUGUCACCUUCUUAUGCACGAAUACGAGCAUUUGAUGAAACUCAUACUAAAUAUGCAUCCAAAUAUAAUCUAUAUUUAUAUCGUGAACAAGAUGUUGAUAAGAUGCCCAACGAGAAUGAAAAUGAAGACGGAAAUGAGGGGUUUACUUCAUUAGAUGGUAUACCAGCAUUAUUUAUUCAUGGUAAUGCUGGUAGUUUUGAACAAGUUAGAUCUAUAGCUGCCCGUUGUUCAGAAAUGUAUUACAAUGAUGGUAGAUUUAAAGAGAAAUAUCCUCAUGCAAGAAAUAUUGAUUUUUUUACAGCAGAUUUUAAUGAAGAAUUGAGUGCUUUUAAAGGAUUACGUGAUCAAGUUGAAUAUGUGACUCAAGCCAUUUCAUUUAUUGUUGAUUUAUAUCCACAAAAUCCUAAUAGAAAUAUUAUAUUGAUUGGUCAUUCAAUGGGUGGACUUGUAGCUAGAAUUGCGGCUUCAAGACAACAACAUGAAAGUAAUGUUGAUAUUAUUCUUACAUUGGCAACACCACAUUCUGAUCCAUUUCCUUGGUUACCGAAAACAUCAGAUUUCCCUGAUGAAGUAGGAUUAAUAUCAAUUUAUCUGCUGGUUGAUUUGAUGGUACCUCCACUGGUUGUAACUCCAAAAAGUAAAAGUGAUCAUUUUUUCAGUGUUGAUGCAGCAAAAUUGUUGGGGGUACCUAUAGAUCAUCAAGGAAUAGUAUGGUGUGGUCAAUUGAGAGAAAAAUUAUCAGAAGCAUUAAUUGGAAUAAGUGGAUUAAAUACAUUACAAGAUAGAAUGAAAGUAUUUAAAAAAAUAUUUUCUGGAGAUAGAAAAGAAUUGGGUCCAACACCAAUAUUUGGAUUAGCAAAAUUGAAAUUGAAAUUAUUACAAAGUUGGGUACAUUUAUUAAGUUUAACAAUAUUUGCAUUAAAAUGGACGAUAAUUGUAUUGGCAAUAAUUCAAUUACGUAAAGUAUAUACAAAAUUUAACAACCCUCCACCCACACACUAG